AUGGCAGAGGUAAAGAUUAUUGGAUCAGCUGCAAGCCUAUUCUCCGUAAGGGUCGAAUGGGCCUUGAAGCUCAAAGGAAUUGAGUAUGAGUACAUAGUUGAAGACUUGAGAAACAAAAGUGAGCUACUUCUCAAGUCCAACCCUGUAUACAAGAAAAUACCUGUGCUUUUGCACAAUGACAAAGCCAUCUCCGAGUCGCUUCUCAUUAUUGAAUACAUCGACGAGACGUGGAAGGAGAACCCGAUAUUGCCUGAAGAUCCAUAUGACAGAGCCAAUGCUCGCUUCUGGGCUAAGUUUUUAGACGAGAAGGGUUUGCUCGGUGCCUGGGAAGCUUGCCAGGCUGAAGGAGAAGAGAAAGAGAAGGCUGUAGAGGCUGCGGUACAACAUUUGGCACUGCUUGACAAAGAAAUACAAGGAAAGAAAUUCUUUGGUGGAGAGAAAAUUGGUUACCUAGAUUUAGCUGCAGGUUGGAUUUGCCACUGGCUCAGUGUUCUGGAUGAAGUGGGAGAAAUGAAUGUGUUUGACAGAGAAAGGUUCCCAUCCCUUCAUGAAUGGGCUCAAAACUUCAUCCACGUUCCAGUUAUCAAAGAAUCGCUUCCACCCAGAGAAAUUCUUGUCAACUACUUCAAGGGGAGUCUGAGCUACGUCCGGUCCUUAGCUGCAAAUAAGAAAUAAGGUCUCGUCGAAUGUUUAUAUUUCGUUAAAAAUAAGUUUAUUCUAUCAAACAGUAAGAAUACAGAUGGCCAAUGUGAAACAAAUCCAUAGGUUAAAAAAUCAUAGGUGGUGUUUGUGUUUGAAUACUCUUUACUACCUUCGAGUAAUAUGCAUCUAUUUUAUUGAUUA